CAGGCUGUUUCUGAGUGUGGAUUGUAACCUUUGGUAAGAAAAUGUCGUCCAUCUUGCCAUUCACUCCGCCAGUGGUGAAAAGACUUCUGGGAUGGAAAAAAUCAGCCAGUGGGUCUGGAGGAGCAGGUGGCAGGGAACAGAAAGGACAAGAAGAAAAGUGGUGUGAGAAAGCCGUGAAAAGUCUGGUGAAGAAGCUAAGGAAAACAGGACGAUUAGAUGAGCUCGAGAAAGCCAUCACCACUCAGAACUGCAAUACUAAGUGUGUCACCAUCCCCAGCACUUGCUCUGAAAUUUGGGGACUGAGUACACCAAAUACGGUAGAACAGUGGGAUACAACAGGCCUUUACAGCUUCUCUGAACAAACCAGGUCUCUUGAUGGCCGUCUCCAGGUUUCGCACCGGAAAGGGCUGCCACAUGUUAUAUACUGCCGGUUAUGGCGUUGGCCGGACCUUCAGAGCCAUAAUGAGCUCAAGGCAAUUGAAAACUGUGAAUAUGCUUUUAAUCUGAAAAAAGAUGAAGUGUGCGUAAAUCCUUACCACUACCAGAGAGUUGAGACACCAGUUUUGCCUCCAGUAUUAAUGCCUCGGCACACAGAGAUCCUGACAGAACUGCCGCCUCUGGAUGAUUAUACCCACUCCAUUCCAGAAAACACUAAUUUCCCAGCAGGAAUUGAGCCACAGAGUAAUUACAUCCCAGAAACGCCACCACCUGGAUAUAUCAGUGAAGAUGGAGAAACAAGUGAUCAACAGUUGAACCAAAGUAUGGACACAGGCUCCCGAGCUGAGCUGUCUCCUACCACUCUUUCUCCUGUCAAUCACAGCUUGGAUUUGCAGCCUGUUACCUACUCGGAGCCUGCCUUUUGGUGUUCGAUAACAUAUUAUGAACUGAACCAGAGGGUUGGAGAGACCUUCCAUGCCUCACAGCCCUCGCUUACUGUGGAUGGCUUUACAGACCCAUCGAACUCGGAGAGGUUCUGCUUGGGUUUGCUCUCCAAUGUUAACCGAAAUGCUACUGUAGAAAUGACAAGAAGGCAUAUAGGAAGGGGAGUACGCUUGUAUUACAUAGGUGGGGAAGAUUUUGCCGAGUGCCUAAGUGAUAGUGCAAUCUUUGUGCAGAGCCCCAACUGUAACCAGAGAUACGGCUGGCAUCCUGCAACAGUGUGUAAAAUUCCUCCAGGCUAUAACCUGAAGAUCUUCAACAACCAGGAAUUUGCAGCUCUUCUGGCUCAGUCUGUCAAUCAGGGUUUUGAAGCCGUUUAUCAGCUAACUCGAAUGUGCACCAUAAGAAUGAGUUUUGUGAAGGGGUGGGGAGCAGAGUACCGGAGGCAGACAGUAACAAGUACUCCUUGCUGGAUUGAACUUCAUCUGAAUGGCCCUCUGCAGUGGUUGGACAAAGUAUUAACUCAGAUGGGAUCCCCUUCAGUGCGAUGCUCGAGUAUGUCAUAAAGCCCAUCACUAGUCGAGUCCAUCGAGAGACUUCGUGUAACAACCUCUCUGUCAUAGUAUUUGUGUAUGAUCCCGUGGACUGUUUGCUAUCCCAAAAUUCCAGAGUGAAAACAGCACUUGAGGUCUCAUCAGUUAAAGCAACUUGUGGAAUCUGUUUCCUAUAUUUGAAUAUUAGAUGGGAAAAUUAGUGUCUAGAAAUGCCCUCCGCAAAAGGGAAGAAAAGACUUAAAGACUUAGUGAUAUCUUGUUGGGCAUAAGACAGUGUCCCAAAGGUUAUU